AUGCUAAGACCGAGAUUAGGAUUAUUAAUCUCCGAACUAGUUAUUGCUGCAGAUGCAGGGUCUAGAUGUUCUUCGGUAGGACCAUUUUGUCCAACAAAAUGAAGGCUAUAAAUAAAGACUAUACAAAAAUAUAACUAUCCUUCGUACAUACUCCACGUACAUACGUAUAACUUCGUACAUACUUCGUACAUACGUAUAACUAUCCUCCAACAGGUGAUUAGUCGGAUAUACGACAAGGUGUUUUAUGACAACGAAGAUAUUUCAAAAGCCAAUAUUAAUCUCGAAGGAGUCUCCUCAGACAUCUACGCGGAUUCGGAAAACGAAAGUGAAAUGAAGGACGAAUUUGCACCUAAACAAACUCCGACGACAAAAUCAUCACAUAAAACACAAAAAAAGCCACGAGAAUCCCAUCACACUUCAUCCAGGAUUUCCUCACCAUUAAUUAACAACAAGAAGCGACGCCAUAACAAACUCCAAUCCGGAACCACACCAAGUGAAGAAAACCACGAUAAAAUCGAUAUUCCACGUAUUCUUGAAUAUUUUAAAACAUACAAUAACCGAUUGGAAAAUUUAGAGAACAUCAUUUCAAAAUUAGAUAAAAGUUCUGCUGAAUCAGACUUUGAGAUUAAAAACCUCAAAAGUAAUUUUUGUCAACCAAAGGCGAACUAUCAGAUUCGCUGAAAAGCUUUCUAAAUCACGAACUGAACAUAUUUAAAAAAGACCAGAGCAUUUUUAAAGAUGAAGCGAACGAUCUCUUGGUUCAGAAGGAAAAAGAAAUCAACCAAUUACGGGGUCGAGUAGCCUCCCUUAUUGACGAAAAGUGCAACCUUAUCAAGAGAAUCACAGUUCUCGAAGAACAAGCCAAGAAAUGCGACACCGUUAACAAAGCACCAUUUUCGACAAGCCAAAAUUCUGGAAAGCCGACAAAUGAAAAUUAUUUAGAUGACCAAUCAAAUGAAACUGAUUUAGUUGUUCAACUCGAAGAUCUGACGAAAACCGAUAUUGCAGAAUCCAGUAGAAAUGACGUAGAAAACCCGGAAGAAUUAAAGAGCGUAACACAUUGCGAAACAGAACUCCAGGAGAAUAAUAAAGAAAUUACAUCACAGAACACAAACGCGGAGACUCAAAAAACUCCUAAUUAUGACUUUGUCAUGUUGUGUGAUUCGAAUCGAAGAUACCUAGACAUUAAUAAGCAAUGCUCAUCUAAUAACACCAAAAUGAUCGCCUGUGGUAACACAAAAAAGGCAACUGAAAUCAUAUAAAUAAUCCAAAAUUCACAGAUAAUCAAGCUUUGAUAAUCAAUACAGGAGUUAAUGAUGUUGAACAUUUAAAACCCGAAAAAAUCAUUGAAGAUCAAGUUCAUUUGGUUGAAGCCGCGUCCCACAAUUUUCCAGGAAGAAAAAUAAUUUUCUCUGAUAUUACCCGUCGGACUGAUAAUCUUGAUCAAGCUAUAAUCAAUAUCAACAAUGACAUCCACGAAAGGAUCAAAGAUUUACCCAAUGUACAGCACGUCUACAACGGGAAUCUGAGGCAAUACAAAUUUUUCUGUGACACAAAGCACCUCAGCAAGAGAUUGGGAAUUCCUUUACUAGCAAAAAAUUUAAAAAAUUAUCUACGCCGUGCUCUCUGCCCCCAACAGCGACAAGGAAAUAGCUGCCAACAAACAUCGAAUCCGCAACCGCAAGCAAGAAACCAAUCUCACACCAUGGCACCAGAAACAACUCCACCAGCACCAGUCCCAAUGUCACCACUCAACCAACCUUCUGUAAACGCCCAAAUCGAAACCUCAACAUUGAAACACACAGUUACAGUCCAAGAACAACUGCAGAAUAUGAACAAUUUGCUUAACCAUUUCGUUUCAAUUUUCAACUUUGGUCAACCAGAAUUACUGAGGGUAAUUAAUGUAUAA